UUUUUUUUUUUACAACCAACAAUGAGUGGAAGAGGCAAAACUGGUGGCAAGGCGAGAGCGAAGGCCAAGACUCGCUCCUCCAGAGCAGGGCUGCAGUUCCCCGUCGGUCGUGUUCACAGGCUUCUCCGCAAAGGUAACUACGCAGAGCGCGUCGGUGCCGGAGCUCCGGUCUAUCUGGCGGCUGUGCUCGAGUAUCUCACCGCUGAGAUCCUGGAGUUGGCUGGAAACGCCGCCAGAGACAACAAGAAGACCCGCAUCAUUCCCCGUCACCUGCAGCUGGCGGUGCGCAAUGAUGAGGAGCUGAACAAACUCCUGGGCCGAGUGACCAUCGCUCAGGGCGGCGUGCUGCCCAACAUCCAGGCCGUGCUGCUGCCCAAGAAGAGCGAGAAACCCGCCAAAGCCAAGUAAACAGAUUCUAGUCUGUUUCUGAAACAAAAAGGCUCUUUUAAGAGCCACCCAUGUUAUCUAUUGGAGAGUGCUUUUCUGUUUAACAUGAAAAUAAUGA